CUUAACGAGUUUCAUUCCUGGUUGAUAGACGUAGACGGGGGUUAUCGCUGCGCAAAAGUGGCUGGUCAGUACAAGUCACAGGUAAAACGCAUCAUGAAAGUUCUUUCAGAAGAUUUCCCUCAAGCAGCAAAUGAAAUAGAUCUUGUUACUGUCGAGGGGCAUGACGGAGUGGUAAUGUUGAGGAAGUGGUUGGGUCAACUAUCUGAGGAGUAUCAACCUGGAACCAUUAGAUCAUACCUAAUGAGCCUUAGGCUAUUCCUUAAAUUCCUUGUGCAAGAAGAGAAAGGGCAAGAUAGAUUAGACACACUUCAUGCAAGGAGAGAUCUUUUAACUUCGUGGUCAUCUGCUCAAAGAAAGAAGGUGCUGAAAAGGAAAUUAGAGAAACAUGACAUGGACUUUGCAAAACUCCUUUCUAGCGAAGAUCUAUAUAAAGUGUCAAAUGGACAACAGCGAAUAAACAUAAUUAAAGCGCUUGGAACAGCUGCGGAGAAAAGCAAAGCUUGUGGAGAACCUGUGCUGGUCAACGAUCAGACCUUUUGCGAAGUAAGGGAUUGGCUGAUUACAAGAUUAAUAAUUGACAACUCCGGAAGAAGUGGUAUUGCAGCAAAUAUAACAGUGGAGGAAUUCAAAGAUGCUAAACUGUACGCUGGAGAAGAAGAUGGAGAGAGAUACCGCGUAUCAGUUAAGAAUCACAAGACAGGAGGUGUUUAUGGGGCAGCCAUUGUAUGGUUUCAUGCUGAUGUUUACAAUCUGGUGAAUACGUAUAUCUCAAGGGUGAGGCCUAAGUACGUCAAAGAUGCCACAGAUAACAUGUUCGUUUCAACCAAUGGCGUUAAACUUACUUCAUCGCAAGUAUCCACGUGUCUGACUCGUACAUUUCAAAGGGAGGGUGUGAAGUUUCACGGUCGCAUCUCCGCAACCUUGAUAAGAAAAUCUCUGGCAUCAGGAGUGCAUGUCCAUUUGCCUGAAGAUCAAGAACAACUGGCUGCCCUUGCACAGCACAAACCUCAAACACAAGCUCAAUAUUACCGCAUCAAUGACAAAGUUAGAGAAACAGAUAUUGGGCGUCGUGCUGUCAGAAAAUUUAUCACCAUGAACUGCGCAAAGACAGAGGUAUCAAUAAUUCCUGUCGAGUGGACCGAGGAAGAGACCUCAAAACUUCAAGAUUUAUUCAAGUCUGAAAUUGAGACUGGUAACAUAACUGAAAACAUUGUCAGAGAUAAACUUGGUGCUUCCAACCUGUUGGAAACACACUCCAUGAAGGCAAUUGUGUUGAAAGUGAGAAGGCUUCGAUCAGAAUUUACCAAAAACUUAGAACCACCAACUGAAGUUGAGUCUCCUGAACAGAAGAUAGAACGGUUUAUGUCUUCCAGAGCUCCAUCCAUCGCAUCUGAAUCUGCAAAGCCAUCAUGGAGUAAGUUCACCGAUGAACAAACAGACCAUCUCCUAUCGUUAACUCAGGAUAUGAUUGAAAACAACGCAGUAAAAAGAGAGGUCGUUUGGGAACGGGUGAUAAAUGAUGAGAAAGCAUGGAAAACCGGGUUGGUCUUCGGAACCGAUGAUGAGGAGCUUCUUUUGAGGCAAAAACAACGUUUGGCGGACAAGGUACGAAAAGAAGUCAAACGUCAAAAGAUGAAGAGAAAGUAGUAGUUUGAUCCUGUGGUUCUUGCAUUAUAUUUGAACAUUAGUUGACAUUGAACAUUUCUUGUCUUUAUGUAUUCAGGGUUACAACAUAAUUGAGUCCUAUAUUGUUAACAUGUUAUUUUCUUUAACCGUUUGCCAGUCAUUUUAUGGUUGAUCGUUUUAUUUCAAGUAAGUCAAUAUUCCCUAAAAAGGCCGAUUUACACAAUGCAAUUUCUUCGUGUGUUAAGGUUCGAACGACAAGUCAUAGGGUCGUGUACGACCUGACGAAUGACCGUUUAUAUGGUAUGAUUCGGGUCACAUGCAUCAAGUCAUAUACUACAAUCGCAUCGUGGAAAUCGGCCUUAAGAGUCAUAUACUACAAUCGCAUCGUGGAAAUCGGCCUUAAGAGUCAUAGAAUUUGUCUUGGUGACUGAUGUGUGUAGGACAUCGACUUCUAUGAAAAAGAUUUAACUUGUCUUGGUCUUGUUGCGAGGUGUUAUAAAGUUGAAUUUUUCAUAAAGCAAAAGUUGUCGUUUAAAAACUUAGCUCCAAGUGAUAAAGCUUAUAUCUGGAAUUAAAAGAGUUUACUUUGAGACUCGUUGUCAUGAACCUGCAAUAUAUUGUCUUUUUAAGUGCAGUUCCAGUUGAGAUUUUGUGGAAGUUUCAUGACGUUUUCGAAAAGUUUAGGGUGAAGUCACUAAGCCCGUGAAAUACAUAUUAGACUAACACACUUUAUUAACCACUAAUUUCGUUGUUUCCUUUAGUGUCUAUUGAACUAUUACAUGUUAACAGUUAAAUAUUUUUUUAUGGGUUUAACUUUACCCUAGUGCAACUUUUGUCGUCAUAAUAGAGCGAUAUCGCAUAACCCCCUUCCUAAAUAUUGGUGUUUUAUUCUAAAUGAGCCAAUACAAAGAUAACAUUAGAAUACUUAAGACUUUAUCUAUUGUUGUCUUUCUACGAUGUCCAUUAACCUUUAACUAAUAUCCACUUGCUUUUAAAAAUAUUUAUAUCGCUCUGUAAACCUCACAAACCGGUGAAAUUGCAGCUAAAAUCGCCAUUGUCAUAGAGCUUUAAGGAUGAUCAACACGCACGCCCAAACUUGUAUGCGAGCUGUCAAUAGGAUAUGUAUAUGUAAUCGCAUGGGUCCUCGGGCAAUUAAGGAUUAAUUUCACGCGUAUUUCCAAACUUUGAAAACACCAGUGAAAUUAAUCCUUAAUUGCCCGAGGGCACUUGCGAUUUCUUGUUUAUCACAUAAAGGGCAAAAUUAUCGCGGGAAUCCAUUCACGCGCGACGUUAUUCUUUUAGGAAGCCCGUUCAAUGCCGCGACAUUGCUCAUUUUUUCCUCUUGUCUUUGCCCAUUGUUGGAAAAUGUUAGUCCAGUAGUCCGUACUUCUUUUUGUGUUUUUGUGCUCACUUGUGUUUAGUAGUUCCUCAAUAAACUCUUCAACAAAAUGGGAAGCCAUUGUUGCAGAAAAUUUUAAUCGGCAACAAAUCUAAGCAAUAACUUCAUUACAAAGCAACUUUAAACCAAUCAAGAUCAAGUAAUCAUGCCCUUUUGAUUACCAAAAGUACCCUCGUGAUUAA